GCUAUCAGCGGGAUCUGCUGUUGGCAGUGAACGAUAAGAGCAGGCAUCGAAUGUAAAAUCACGGCGGCUGUCAGAUUUCUUUAUGCGUGCUUUGCCGCGUGCUUUCUGGGUCGAGGGUGUGUUCGGAUAGUCGGAGCAACUGCUACGCGCGGUAGCAGAAGAGGUGCGUCGGAUUCUCCCUGAAAUGUGACGAAACGUGGAUUAAAUAGCAGCGUCCUUUCGGCUGUAUGAGGGAGUCUGGGAAUGGACCACAGGUCAGACUCGAAAUGGGUCCUGACCUCCAAAGAUGGCACAGUCCACCCUCUACCUGCAGGGAUGAUAUUCAUUGGGCGACAGGAAUGUGACAUUAUAGUUGAUUCUGCCAGUGUGGACAAAAGGCAUGCGGUGAUAUUCUUCAAUCCAAGUGACAAAUGUUUUCACGUGAAGGACCUCAACAGUGUCACGGGGACAUACUUGAAUGGUGUCCGAAUACCGGAACAGUCUUACGUCAAGCUCAACCAUUUGGACUCUCUCCGCUUUGGUUAUGGGCAUGAAGUGUUUUGUGUCCACAAGACCACCGAUCGUGCAGUGCCUUUAGAUUCUGCAUCGCCCAAAAGGAACACGCCUGCAUUUGGCGAUGGAGACUUGGUGAUAAGAGAGGAUUCCAGUGCCAACAGAACAUUGUCGCGUGACAGUCCUGCUUCCGAAAGCUCCGACAAGAUGCUGCACUCCAGUAAUGGGGCUCACAGUGCGGCAUUCUUGCGAGAAAGUCCGAGCCAAGAUGCGCAGUCUCAGCUCGGCAGUCCCGCGCGUUCCACACAUUCGGCGGAGGAUGUGAUACCACACCGCAUGAAGCUCUCUUCCCCGUCGAGUUCUCGGUCACCGGAAGCACAGCCUCCCUCUUCCACGGGGUGCAGUCGGCAUCCAUCUCCGCCCCUGACCUCAACUUCCAAGGAAACCUCGCCCCUUGCCUCGCGCCCUCAUAGCACGGUGGCCUCCCCACCGAUAUCAUCUCCCCCGACGCCUGCUGCGGCUACCACCUCCUCCCCCGUAGGGUCUGAUCCCGCCAGCCCAGAGAAAGCAUCUUCGAGCUCGCCUUCCAGUGCCGAGAAAGAGGCAUCUCUGUCAUCACCCGUGAUGCAGGAUGCGGACUCUCUGGAAGAUCUGAGCAGAACUGAGGAUUCCCUGAGCACAGUGAGGGAAGUGCUCCCCCCGGUUAGACCACCUCCCACCAAGCCCACUACCUUGUCCUGGAAACCAUUGCAUUCACCCAGCAAGCCACAUGCACCUCCACCACCAACAAGACCUGAAGAAAAGGGUGAUGAUGAGUCAUCUCCUGGAGGCUGUGGAACAAAGUCUACAGCCUCGAAGGACGAACAGUCGCCUUGUCCAGACACUCCUGCCUCCCAGACGCAGGCGUCUGGCUCCACAGCUAUGGCCUUCACGAUCCACUUCGACAACGACGCGACCGGAGGCAGGCCGCUGGCCCUCAAGGACAGCAUACGAAAGUUUGCGCCCCCGAAACCCGAGUCGGAGCGAACGCCGUCCAAGAGUCGAGCCUCGCCAGUGUCCAAGCCCGGCGAGCCGUCGUCUACCGUGAGCGCAGGCGGUCGUAGGACGCCCACUAGUCCCACUAAUGCUUCCGACUUGGCAAAACGGCGGUGGAGCGGUGCGGAGGUCCGCAACAGGAGCGGCGGAGGAGGAGGGUGGAGCUCAGACGUCGAGCCCAGCCGCCAAGGGAGGCGGCAGGAUGACCAGCGUCUAAGCGACUCGGCCUCUUACUUGAUCCAGAGGAUGCUGAACGAUGGGCCUGCACGGGCACCUCUGCCGGGUCCCAUCAAGAGUGCCUCGUCGGCGGCGGCGCGCAUCGAGCCAAGUUCGGGCUUGGAGCAGGUGUUGUCUCCCGCCGACGAUCGGAGCGAGACCGGCACGUACACCGUCGAGACGGACCGCAUGGACCCAGACGUGGAGGAGGCUCGUCGUAGGAUUGACGAAGUGUUUGGUGUGUCUUCGUACAAUCACCCGUCCAGUGCGGAGCAGUACCAGAGGGUGAGGCCGGAAGGUGAAGGGGUCUCUGGUUCCAGGCCAAGGAGCCAGGGUAAUGUUCAGAGCUUGUGUUUCAAGUUCGGUGGUGGUGGUGGUGGUGGUGGUGUCGUUGGCCCUGCAUUUUCAGGUGGUUCCAUCGAUCUCAACCGCACUAAGCGGCGGCUUCCAACGCCACCCUUGGAGCGUGCUCCGCUGGACAUCUUUGUGCCAUCCACAGAAAGCAGUAGCGCCACUGUGAGCGCUGCAAGGAAGUCUGCACCCACGGCUCUUCAGGCUCCCGCUGCAUGUGCCAAUGCCACGGCAAGGAAGCGGCUGGGCUCCACUGGAAGCCGUCCGAGUCCUCCGUGCUCUCCGCCCAGAACCCACCGGACCACGUUCACCAAGACUCCGUCGAACAAAGUCAUGUCGACGUCAUUUGGUGACGGCACCUUUCUACGGCAGACGCCAGCGGCCAGCAGUUCCGCCCAGCGCCGCAGCGCACCGCCACAGCGCAAGUCGUGGGGGCUCACCGGCUCCGAAGCCGACUUGGCUGCCGGCAGCGAUCUGGCCUGUGGCUCCGAGGAGACUGCCAGUGUCGUGUCGGACACCAGCACGGAGCCGUCGUCCCACAGCUCGGGCUCUAGGGGUGGCCCGCAGAUGAAGCUGAACCGGGCCUUUGCUCUGAGGAGGGCGCGACUGGGGCUACCAGAGGUGGGCGGUCUUCCCCCUGCGACAGCAGCACCUCCACGCGGGAAGACUCCUCACCAUGGCAGCAAUCCCAACCUCUCAAGGCAAGAUGGCGGCCGCUUCAGCCUCCGGCUGCCCCGCGGAGUCAGAGCCACGGAUGUUGGCGUUACGAGGGCAGAACUUCUCCGUGGAAAAGCCCACCACCAACGCACUGACAGUGACCCGACAGCUGCCUAUCGUUCACAGCAGCACUCUGUGUCCGACGGAGAGAGUCGGCACCACUCCCCACGAGUUCAGAGGAAGCAGCCGGCUGGCAAGUCGUACAUUUCGGACGGUGACGACGAUGCCCGGACGGGAUCACCGGUUCAGUUCGGACGUUCCGCGUCCUUUGGCGGCCACCGUGACCUCGCGCUUACGCCAGCUGCAUCCGACCGGCAGCACCGGGGUCGCUCUGCAGCGGUCCCGACUACUGGCAGCUCACUGUCACGUGGUGAAACAUUCCUCAAGGGAGGUGCAGGAGCCAGUGGCACCACGUUUGUCCGAAGCGGACGUAAGCCAGAGAGGCAGUCUGGUGAUGGAGAGAGCAAAACACCAACAGAAAAUGGUGUCAAGACUCCAUCCACAACACCAGGCAGGAGAGAGCUGUCGGCAUUGGACAGCCUGGUGAUCUCUGCCAUCCACCAGCUGUCGGGGAAACUGCGCACUAGUGCCCGCACGCUCAUCGAGAAGGAAAGGCUGAAGUAUCCCGAAAACAGCGAUGUCCGGCUCAUGUUAGAAGAGGUCCUUCCGAGGGUCGUCGAGAGGCGACCCAGCGACUCUCCGACAGAUGGCAACCUGACGAGAGAGCUUUCGAGCAUCCUGAAAAACCUCAAAAGAAUCGAACAAAGCCUCGAAGUGCUGAACUCUCUGGCCCCAUGCGAACGUGACGGCUCGUCGGAUGUCGUCCCGGAGACCACGACCAAAACCGCGCCCGCUGCCCAGAAGCCGAGGGGUGGCUUUUUCUACGUGGAUGUCUGAGAAGUUGUGGUGUGGCCACACCUGUUGAUAUCGACCAUGUGUGUUAGUGGACGGGCAUUGGCCUGUUCGCAGAGGCUAGACUGGGUUUUGUGGGAUCACACGACGCUACACUGACUCUCGUCCGCCUCGCAUCCGUUCUUCAAUUACUUUUUGUCUUCCUAGCUUUGUUACCAUGGGGUCAGUUCCAUGACAUUUCACUGCAAGCGCUUGUUCUGGCGAAGCGUCUGUCAUUCAAGAAUCUGAAGGAUUGUGCUCAAUGUUUGCAAUAUGCCAAUUGAGGAUGACUGUCGUUUAAAAAUGGGGUCUGCUUGGACAAAUCCUGGAAGGCACUAUUUUAGACAUUAUUUAUGUUCUUCAAAGUUUUUUUUUGGUGAAGUAAAGCCUCGAUGAUUUGAAAUCUCUCAAUACACAAUCUCUGAUGACAGUAUUUCUGUGAUCCCAAAGUUUACCGUUAUUAUGACUGGAACUUGAGUAACCAGCCUGCUGUUUGUAGUUAAUUAGUAACCUUGGCCAUAGCAGCAGCACUUCUAAUCUUGGAGGCUUGGCAGGCCGUGUCCAAAUUCAUGUCUCAGUGAUGGCUCAUUCUCUGCAAUGUAAGUAGACCUCAGAGGCGAUGCUAAUAUUAGCUGCGUGGUCCGGAAACAGAUUUAAGAGCCAGCGAUCGGUCAUAGCAGCUCUGUGCUGUGGUCUGGCAUAAGAGUUCAGGGUGAUUAAAGAAGCAUCUGGGACAGCUCAUGGAGAGAAAGUGCCAGUACCACGAUCUGAUAGUAAAGGCAUGCUGUAGUGGGCCACAGAAUAAUUUUGACCAGCUGAGGUUUUUUUUAGUGUGCUCCUAAACCUAUACUCUAUCUCGCAAGUAACUUGGAACACUGCCUAAGCUAAGAGGUGUGCAAGCCGUAUCCUGACACAGCUGAACAUAGUGCCAGAUGCGAGUGCCUGGUUAUUGGCCAGAUGGAGAGCUGUAGAUUCGUUCAAUGUGUGCUGGGUUACAGCAAUACGUGAUACACUAGAUGUUCUUUGCACGUACUUUGUAUAUUGUUGCGAUUACUGCCAGUAACUGUGAUUACAUAGCAACAUGGCAGUGCCCAUGCAGACAUGACCGCCCACUUCAAUCCGAACUCGUGCUUGCUUCUUGCCCCGACAGCGAGAAGUAGGUGGUAAAAGCAACCAUUGCUUUAUGUCAUCCUGCACUCGGGACAAAGCAUCAGCUAUUCUUGCUGUUAUUGAGAUUAGCUGUUGGUUUUGAUGCCGCUAGGCAUACCAAGGUGAUGUCGAGCCAUAAAAAGUGUUUAAUUUCAACUUAUAGGAUGGCAAUACAGCGUUAGCCUUGGUGGUGCUUUGACGAUGAGGAACACUCUAAAAGCCACGUUAUUCACUGCAUCACUAGUCCUCUAUGCUCUAAUAUGAUAGGUUGGGACAUGGGCAAGCAAACGUCAGCUAGACGCCGAGCAGACGAUGCCCCACUGGUGAACAUAUUUGGAGGACUGCUGGCUAAAAGGGCUGCAAGACACAGUCGAGAAAGAUAAAGCAAAGCCUCAUUAUUGCAUUCUUGUAAACUCUGCUUAGGAUUACAGCAUCAAAACUCAAGUUGCAUAAACGCACUAGGAGCACGGUGAAGAAAUGCUGAGCAGACGUGGCACAGGUGAACACAUCAUGAGGAGCGUUCACCCUUCAUAUUGGCUAAGGAGUUCUGCAGUUCCCACAGCACUGCAAGGAACUACUCAGAUAGUUUAUUACAUGGAUGUUUCUGCGUCGAAAUGUGGUCACUGUUGCUGGCAUUGAACUGGUGACCUUGAGCUCGGCAAUGCAUUGCUGUAGCCACCGACUUUAAAGGUGUGUCACCUCUGUACAUCUUAUGGCUGGCUUUAGCUUUAUUGUUUUCUGGUAUUAUGGAAUGCCGCUUAAUUGACAUCUUUCGGUCAGGAAGACUUCGAAUUAACGAGGUUUUACUUGACUUUUUCGCAUCUCAAUUGCUUGUGAACGAUGUGCAAGCCGUCGUAGUCAUUUUUAUGCCCGCGCAGCUACUGUACAAAAAGACCGACCAUGUCCGUUGUUGUUAAGCAUGAAGUCCAUCCUUGCGAUGAACAUUCAUCCUGUUCUCCUUUUUUUUUUGUGUUCACAAGCUGAACUUGCAGAGUAAAUCUCGUUCAACGCAUUGUACAUAGACUUGUAAAUGAGAAGGCACUGCUUUGUGAUACUUUAGGGGGGCACAUGCAAGUCUCCUGUGAUGCAUGUGUUGACAGUAUACAUAAUGUAAUGUACAUUACUGUUGAUAUUAUAUAGAAAAUUUCUCUUAUAGCA